AAUGCAUCGAUCCAUCUGUGUUCUUGUGACAUCCACCACCACGCAACAUUUGUAGUUCAAAUCCCGCCUACUAAUGAAACCCUUGAGCACGGCCCACACGUGAUUUAUUUCAACUCAAUCCAGUAUGGCGGAUUUGUUUGGUUAAUGUUUUCCAGCGGCUCUCCGACCCGCCUCCGACCCACCGGCCACAUCCAUGCACACCAACCCGCCCGUGAGUGCUCGUGAUCGGCUGCGGUGCGCUGCGAGUGAUCGGCGGACAUCCAAGAUUUCCGAAUCACAACACUGACCCUCCUUCAGCUCAACGGUUAGGCAGUUCAGGAAAAGGAAGAAGUGUAUUGGAACGUGCCCAUUGAGGUGCCUACCUACUACCUGGGUCUUGGGAGAGAUAAACAGACCAUAGGUUUGGUUAUUGGAGCAGUCCCUCAUCCCCCCCCCCCACCCAGCCCAGUCUUGGCAGCCGUAGUCCAGCCAUGGUCCGUGCGCCCGCUCCAGACGUGCACUGACACACCCAGACUCUGGAUCUAUCCUGGAUCGGUGGCAUCCCUCCCCUCGACCUUCCCGAUCUCCAUCAUUUCUCUUGAAUCGUCUCGUCGAGUCUGCCAAAACCAACGCCAUUUUCUCUAUGAAUUCCCAUAGCAGACAAGGCUGUCUAACCCACACCGAGCAGCCUCUGGAGCUGCUGAAGGCAUCCACCAUGAACCACUUCCAGACUGUGGACGUGAGCACGGCGGCUGUGCUCCCCAUGCAGGUGCCCCCUACCACCCCCAACAUUCUCCCCAUGGACCUCCGCAUCGUGGACCACCACCAUCACCACCACCACCCCCACCACCACCACAUCCAUCAGGCCCAUCAGCAGCAGCACCAAGCCCAGGCCCCCCACUUCGGCCUGGGACCCCCCGCGCCCCCCGCCUCCACCACCUCCCCCACCUCCUCGGACCCUGGGGCUGGUCAGGUACCAGGGGGUGGGGAACAGCAGCUACAGGAGGAGCUCCUGUCUCUGAAGCACAAGCAGCAGGUCCAGAGACAGCUGCUGAUCGCAGAGUUCCAGAGGCAGCAUGAACAACUGUCCAGGCAGCACGAGGUGCAGCUACAGGAACACAUCAAGCACCAGCAGGAUCUGCUGGCCCUGAAGCACCAGCAGGAGCUGCUGGAGCACCAGAGGAAGAUGGAGCGCCACCGCCUGGAGCAGGAGGUGGAGAAGCAGCAGCGGGAGCACAAGCUGCAGCAGCUCAAGAACAAGGAGCGGGGCCAGGAGAGUGCGGUAGCGAGCACAGAGGUGAAGAUGCGCCUGCAGGAGUUUGUCCUGAACAAGAAGAAGGCGUUGGCCCACAGGAGCCUGAACCACUGCCUGCCCAGCGACCCACGCUACUGGUAUGGGAAAACUCAGCACAGUUCUCUGGACCAGAGCUCGCCGCCGCAGACCGCCCUCUCGGCCUACAACCACUCGAUGCUGGGGAUGUACGACUCGCGGGACGACUUCCCCCUGCGCAAGACAGCGUCGGAGCCCAACCUGAAGCUGCGGUCCCGGUUGAAGCAGAAGGUGACGGAGCGGCGCAGCAGCCCUCUGCUCCGCAGGAAGGACGGCGCCAUCACCACCGCCAAGAAGCGCUCCCUGGACAUGGCCGAAUCGGCGUGUAACAGCGCCCCUGGAUCCGGCCCAUCCUCCCCCAACAACAGCUCCAGUAACAUCCCCCACGAGAACGGACUGCCCAUUUCUAGCAGCCCGUGUGAGGUAUCCCUGCUCCAGAGGCUGGCGGCCAGAGAUGGCUCUGUGAGCCAGCUGUCUCUCUACACCUCACCCUCACUGCCCAACAUCACCCUGGGCCUGCCAGCCACCGGCCCGGCCAGCAGCUUACUGUCAGUCCGUCAGGACGGAGAGAGCCGGCUGGCGUUGCAAGGGUUACAGCACGGGAUCCCGUUGUCUCCGCCGUUCCGGCCCGGCACUCACUUGCCGGCCUACCUGGAGGGGGCUGGGGUGCCUGGGGGCUCCCACAACCCCCUCCUCCAACACAUGGUCCUACUGGAGCAGGCCCACAACCCACUAGGACUCCCCCUGUCCUCGCCCUCCGUGUCCAAGCUGGCACGGGGCCACCGGCCCCUGGGACGCACCCAGUCGGCCCCCCUGCCCCAGCAGCAGGCCGGGCCGGCCCAGGCCCUGCAGCAGCUGGUGGUCCAGCAGCAGCACCAACAGUUCCUGGAGAAACACAAGCAGCAGUUCCAGCAGCAACACAUCAUCAACAAGAUGAUGACCAAGCCCAGCGAGCAGCCCUCUUCCUCCUCCUCCUCCUCCUCCUCCUCCCGCCAGCACCAGAGCCAUCCCGAGGAGACGGAGGAGGAGCUCCGGGAGCACCAGGGGCUCUCUUCGGUCUCGCCCGCCAGCUCCUCCUCCUCGCCUCCGACCAACCACCACCACCUCCACAGCAGCGCCGCCUCCCUGGCCUCGGGCCAGCAGGAGCAGCGGGGCCUGGUCAUCAAGCAGGAGCCCCUUGACCCCCAGGAGGAGCAGGAGGAGCGGGAGCGGCAGACCGAGGAGCUGCUCUUCAGACAGCAGCAGGCUCUGCUGUUGGAGCAGCAGAGGAUCCACCAGCUGAGGAACUACCAGGCCUCCAUGGAGGCGGCUGGCCUCUCCAUCAGCUUCGCCGGGCACCGCCCCUUGUCGAGGGCCCAAUCAUCACCCGCCUCCGCCUCCUUCCCAUUGGUGGUCCAAGACCCGCCCUCCAAGCCACGCUUCACCACAGGUCUGGUGUACGACUCUCUGAUGCAGAAGCACCAGUGCAUCUGUGGUAACAGCACCAGCCACCCGGAGCACGCUGGCCGCAUCCAAAGCAUCUGGUCCAGGCUGCAGGAAAGAGGCCUGCGGGCACACUGUGAGUGUAUCCGGGGGAGGAAGGCUAGUUUGGAGGAGCUCCAGACUGUCCACUCUGAAGCGCACGUCCUGCUGUACGGAACCAACCCUCUACGGCAGAAACUGGACUGUGCUGUGAACCCCAUGUUUGUGCGACUGCCUUGUGGAGGAAUCGGGGUGGACAGUGACACCAUUUGGAACGACGUGCACUCGUCGAGCGCGGCCCGCCUGGCGGUGGGCUCGGUGGUGGAGCUGGUGUUCAAGGUCGCAUCCGGAGAGAUCAAGAACGGGUUCGCCGUGGUACGACCCCCGGGCCACCACGCGGAGGAGAGCACGCCCAUGGGUUUCUGUUACUUCAACUCGGUUGCCAUCGCUGCCAAACUUCUCCAGCAGAGGCUGAGUGUCAGCAAGAUCCUCAUCGUGGACUGGGACGUUCACCAUGGUAACGGUACUCAGCAGGCAUUCUACAGCGACCCCAACGUCCUCUAUCUGUCCCUCCAUCGCUACGACGACGGCAACUUCUUCCCUGGCAGCGGGGCGCCAGAUGAGGUGGGCACAGGAGCAGGGGUUGGCUUCAACGUCAACAUGGCGUUCACUGGAGGACUGGAGCCUCCCAUGGGCGACGCCGACUACCUGGCUGCCUUCAGGACGGUGGUGAUGCCCAUCGCCAAUGAGUUUGCCCCCGACGUGGUGCUGGUGUCCUCGGGCUUCGACGCGGUGGAGGGCCACGCUCCUCCGCUGGGAGGUUACAGACUCACCGCCAAAUGCUUCGGCUACCUGACCCGGCAGCUGAUGGGCCUGGCUGGGGGGAGGGUGGUGCUGGCGCUGGAGGGGGGUCACGACCUCACCGCCAUCUGUGACGCCUCCGAGGCCUGCGUCUCCGCGCUGCUCGGCAACGAGCUGGACCCACUACCAGACGAGGUGGUGCAGCAGAGACCCAACGCCAACGCUGUCCAGUCCAUGGAGAAUGUCCUGGAGAUCCAGGGCAAGUACUGGCGCUCUCUGCAGCGGUCUGCGUCGAAGCUGGGCUACUCCCUGAGCGAGGUGCUCCGCUCUGAGAGCGAAGAGACCGAGACGGUCACCGCCAUGGCGUCACUGUCUGUCGCCAACAAGCACAUCAGCAAAAGGACUGAGGAGGAGCCGAUGGAGGAGGAAGUGGACCCGGCGUUCAACCACUCAUAAGCCAAGCCUGCCUCUCGGACAUUGUUCUCAUCCAAUCUAAACCACUGUUUCAGUUUAAACCCCGCCCUCCCCCCCCCACCACCCCCACCCCCCUGCCAGGUGUCUCACCUAUUGCUAUCUCAAUGUGGCGGGGGUCCUAGCGCGGAAUGGGGGGGCCGGGUCUCCGUUUCAUAGAAGAAACGGGGGCUUUGGGGGGCUGAAACAGAACACUGGUGUUCGGUUGUGCACAGGGGGUUGGAUGCUCGGCCCACGUUGUGUUGCGUUGUCAUCUUUAACGGAGGGCCUGAGUCUCUGAGCCGCUGCUACCAGGCCGUCUCAAGACGAGGAACUCAAGGUUGGAAAACCGAGCCAUCGUGCGCUGUCGUGCCUCGAAUGCCAGUACUUUAGGACUUUAAACCGACGCCGUCUGAAUGAGGCACGGAUUACAAGACGGCCAUCUUUGCUCUAGGUUGAGGUUCUCGGUCUCCCUCGCCUCUAUCGCCUCACCUCUUCUCCUUUUUUUUAUUUCUGAGCGUGGAUGUAUCCUUGAUCCGGGGACCGUAGCUUGAUGCCGUGACCCGCGGAGCACAGUUGGAGAUGGAGGAAAUGCGAGUGUGGAAUACAUUUCUGCCCGAAGUCCGCUGGAUGAUUCGGUAGGAAGUGGAAUGGAGGUGGUCGAUUCGAACGGUGAUUCUUGGCUCUGUUCCGACUGACGGUAAAUGACUGCAAAAUUGUGCCUUUUUUUCGAACCUGGUGGAUAUUUCACAAUGAACUGAACUUCAAGACAUUUUGCCUUAAAGACAGGUUUGGGAACAAGGCCUCUUCUCAUCCUUAUCCUUUACUAUUUUUUACUCGGGCGGCAAAACUUUCCAAGCCUGCAUGCUGUUGGCAUAGAGACUGGACGACUGGCAUGUUUACCCAUAAUGCUUUUCACACAGCCUGUCCACCCUGUAAUUAAACCCUUAUUUUUUCAUCGUACCACUUUUACCUGCUUUUUGGAAGGUAGUUGUUGACCGAUCUAGUUAAAGCGUGGCUUGGCUGUGCUGGGAGGUUUAUUUAGUAUUCUCCAGACAAGCCUGAUUUUCCAGAUAGGAUUUCUGAAUGGAUGACAUAACAAGCAUGCACUGCAUUCCAAUAACGUCACAAGACGAAGCAUGAUGUACUAUCACCCUUUAUUAAUCACAGGAGGUCACAUUGACAACCAGAAUUGGUGCAUUAAGCGUGUCCACCGACAAAUAAACAUCAGCACAUCACUGACAGAGGAGCAAGCUCCUCCCCACAAAAUAUUUCCAACGUUGAGGACAGUGCAGUGUUUUCAGACGCCAGACAGGAGACGGUGGGUUUUAACUGUGUCUGAGUCGCUCCGCGCUUCAGUACCCGACCCCCUGUGACACUAGUGAAACGCAUCUGCUCUCCCCCUGUCCUGAGCUACCGACCAGGUGGGAGGGAGUGAGAACAUGUGCGCUCAUAUACUUGUGGGUGAGUGCGUGUGUGUGUGGGGACGGGUGUGUGACACGACCGGGAGCCAGACCUACAAAGUCAAAUCACACACUUAUUAUUCUGACAGCACAGUAAGGUUGGCGGACAUGCGUCUGUGUGGAGAGUUUGUCUUGUUCAUAACUUUCAUCUAUCUCUGGCCACCAGAAAUGAUCUAAGAGAUGGUGCAUGAUGUACAUCAUCUCGGCUAGCGCUACUGUAUGCAGCGCCAAUGACAGCCCGACAGUACGACCCCCACCGAUCUGGGAGAGGAGGGGCAGUGGGGAGCUUCGUCAGCCACAGCCUACAGGCGUUUGACAGUUUGACAGUUUUGAACAUUUACAACGAUAGAAGCAAUGCAAGGCACGCAUCUUGACGUAGCUUGAUUGAGAACACCCAGGACCACCAGACCAACUACCCGUCACCCAGCUCACAUUGUCUUUCCCUCUGGGCAGCUACCUUCUUCCACGGUUGUUUUGUUUAAAACUCUCCUUUUGCAUUGAAGCCUUGUUUCUCGACGCAGGGGCGGGGUUCUGACAGGAGGUCAGGAGGAUAUCUUUUCCAUGACUUCUCUCCCCCUCCCCCACCCCCCAGCCCCCCGAAAUUUGCCAGCUGUUUCCUUGGUGGUUCCGUUGCUGUAUCUGUUUCGUUUUUUUUAAGUGCAGUCAAGUGACUAUUAUUGAUAUGUUGUCGUUUUUUUGUGUUGUACCUUUUAACCAUUUUUUUAUUUUGUAUACAGCACUUUUUCGCCCCCACCUGUCUUUUCCUCCUUUCCUCUCUGUUACGUUGUUUGUUGUACAGUUUACAUGUUUCAAAACCGAAAAAGGGUUUGGAUUCUGGUUGGCGAGGACAUUUUCCUUGCUGUUUUUUGAGCUCCAGGGUUUAUGGGGACGCUUUGGGAAUGCAAAUACUACUUUGUACAAUGAUUAUAAUAAUUGUGUAUUUACUAUACUGUCUGUUCAUAGUAGAUUUAUAUAUGAAAAAUAUGCAUAUUAUAUUAUAUAUAUAUAAAAAUGAAAUAUUAUGAACUUGUUUUUGAAAUUAGUAUUGCAAGGUUUAUAUUUUCAUUGGGCAAAUUUGUUGCCCUCUCGAGGGUAUUAAUGAAAGCACCACUUACUGUCACUUGCUACGAUUGGCUCACCGCUGAGCAAUAUAGCAUCCCAUUGGUCUUGUGUUCCCUUGUGUCAGUAACAACGACUGGCUUUGAGUUGUGUUCAUCCCAUGGUAGUUCUCAUACUGUUCCGAGUUACAUUGCCUACGACACUCACACACUACAACAUACUGUGCAAUCACUGUUACAUUACAUUGUUCUCCGGAAAAAUGGCUUUUCUUUUUCUGUUUAAUUCAUCCCUCUCCUCUUUAUUUAAGAUGUCAACUCGCAUAUCUUCACGCUGGGUUCUGUGCACCCUUUUGUUCAAAAUAUACCUUUCCUAAAUUACCAAUAUUUGAAUGUCUAUUGAUGAAUCAAUCGGUAACAUUUGCAUAUUCAUGAUUUAUUUUUGUACAAUCUUAAUAAUUCACACGCUUAUCCUAAAACCUUCUCCAAAGAGGAAGAUCAAAAGACGGAUGGACACGUGGCUAUCCGCUGCCCCCGUACCUCUGAUUGUAUCACUGUGAUCAGCCAGGAGCACCAAUGACCGCAGAACAGAGUCUGACCUUUUUAUUGGCGACCAAACGUUCGUUGGUUUAUUCUACUCAUCGGUGCUCUAAAUGUAUAGUUUAUUAUAUCACACUCACGCCUUCGGGGGCGUGGCUCGGCCCUUCAAUUAGAACUAGUUAUGGUAACUAGUAAAGAGAUAUGGUUUCUUAUCAAUAGGGUUUAGUCAAGGAAGCCAGUUAAGGUAACUAUGAUCCAUUUAAGAUGACGACUAAAGGUAACUUGGAACCAGGUAUGGUAACUAAUGACUAGUUAAGAUAACCAGUUAAUAGUAACGGUACCCCGUUAAGACGACUAGCUAAGGUCAGCUAGACAAACCACCUAGCCGUCGAACAACCUGAACAGUCCUUGAAUGCCGAUAUCAUCCGAGCCCCAAGACAAAAAACUAACAACUCCGUUCAGAAGAAAUGUUACCCAGAAGACGUAGCUUUCAGAACACCGUAACUGACGGUGGCAUUCCCACCACAACGUUAGCCUGAAUCACCCCUCUCACUUGUCUCCCCCUUUUCUCUCUCCUGUCUCCCCCAAACGGCUUCAGCAGAUGACAAUUUCCCCCGGACAAUAUGGCCUCAUGGCUCAUUUCUUUACUUGGCUUAACGAUGCACACUUCUAAGAGGUGGAGGACUAUGUUGGUGGAAGCAUUGAGUAUAUUCCCAAGCAGUAGCACUAAAUCAAUCUUUUGAAACAUUAUGUUAAUGAUAUUCUUUAUAUAAGCCCUUGGAAUGGGGACCAUUAUAAGUGCUUUUUCCUUAGUUAUAGAACAUUUCACUUUGGUUUAGACUAAUUGUCAUUUACAAUAUCAUCCUUUUUUUGUACAUUCCUCGCUGUCCACCAACUAUUCACUUGCUUUUACACACACACACACACACACACACACACACACACACACACACACA